AUGAAAUUAUUGUUCUGUGUAUUUUUGUGUACUGUUGCACACACGGCUGCAUUAACUACACCCAAAUAUCCGACGACGGCUGAUCGCGUGGUGGCUGACAAUUAUCCAGUAGAGGCACAUACCGUGCAAACAAUCGAUGGCUAUAUUCUUACCCUCUUUCGCAUUCCUUACUCGCUGCGUACGCAGAAUGCAAAUAUUUUGAAUAAAACUGUUAUGUUUCUGCAACAUGGUUUGAUUAGUUCGUCCGAUGAUUGGAUAUUAAUUGGACCAGAUAAAGCAUUGGCCUACUUGGCAGCCGAUGCUGGGUACGAUGUUUGGUUGGGAAACUUUCGUGGUAAUACAUAUUCGAGGCGACAUGUUUCACGCUCUCCAGAGAAGCGUGCUUUUUGGCGUUUCAGCUUUCACGAAUUAGGUAUCUACGAUCUGCCUGCAAUGUUUGGAUAUGUACUUCGUGCCACAAUGCAAGACUCUUUGCACUACGUUGGCCAUUCGAUGGGUACAACCACAUUUAUGGUGCUCAUGUCGUUGAUGCCCUGGUAUAUGGAACGUAUACGCACAGCGCAUUUGUUGGCACCAGUUAUUUAUACAGAUCAUCAGGAGGCACCGGUAACACGUUUCACUGCGCCCAUACUGGGAAAUCCCAGCCCACUUACGAAGGCAUUGAGCGAUCAUGAUUUGCUAGGUUAUAAUGAAUUCCUUUCAUUAUUCGAUGCCACGGCGUGUCAAGUUUUGGAUGAAACUGUGUGCGCUAAUUUUCUAUUUCUAUACACUGGAUAUGAUCCCAUAAACACAAAUUACUCUUUAAUACCCGCCAUUCUAAGGACCCAUCCAAAUGGUGGCUCCACCAAUCAAUUGAUACAUCACAUGCAAGAGUAUGUGUCCGGGCACUUUCGGCAAUACGAUCAUGGCUUGAAAGAGAAUUUGUUGUACUAUAAUCAACCAGCUCCGCCUGAUUAUCCGCUAGAAAACAUAAGAGCGAAUCCACCGUUGCAGAUUUACUACUCGGAUAAUGAUUUACAAUCCUCACCAAUUGACGUUUUUCGUCUGUUGCCUCGUAUGGGUGGCAACAUCGAGCUUCGCCACAUUAAUGUAACGACAUGGAAUCACUUAGACUACAUGUGGGCUAUUAAUGUGAGAGAAGUAAUCAACGAGGGUAUUAUUGGAUAUAUCCAAAAAUUUGAAAAGAGACGGGAGGAAUUGCUGGUGAAAGAGAGAGCCGGCGAUGAUAUCGCGCAGACCGAAAUAUGACUCAAAUUCAG